AUGGCAGAGCAAAAGGGGGCUGGUGUUCCCUUUAACUCUGAAGCGCACUCACAGAAAUCAUACACAGACAUGUGUACAGCCAUGCAGGGUUUGCAGCCAUUGUCACGGUUGCGCGUGCAUACGCGGUCAAUUGAGCCUCUUUCAUAUGUCUGCAUGAUAUCUGGUGAUGGCAUGGAGUUUAUUAUUCCUGAGGCCGCUGCGCGCCAAAGUAAAAUGAUUUCUUCUUUGCUUGACGCCAUCUUUUGUCUUCCAAAUCGCGGAGGAUUUGGUGAUUCACUAGGGAACAAACCGAAUCCUGGGGUUCUUGCCGUGAACAGCAUUAAUAUGAUGCCGAGGAUUCCACUUGAGCCUCUUUCCAGCCGCACACUCGAGCUUGUCUGUCGAUAUUUGCUGCAGCGCAGCACUGGGGAUCCCAACUCCACGGAAGAGUUUUCGCUUCUUGGUGAACUGGACCCAUUGUCGGAUGAGGAUCAGGAUGUCGUUUCAGACCUGCUACUGGCAGCCGACUUCAUUGAUUGCUAG